UGUGCGUACUGAUGUUGUGCGCAAGAAAAUGGCGGCCGCAGGUGUUUUUAUGAAGUCUUUGAAUCCCGGUAGAACGUGUUUUUCUCAGAAGGUGAUCACCCAGAAUAUAUGGCGAGUGUUCAGCUCAAAYGCGGCUACGAAAAGAAAUCCAGAAAUCUCCGUUGUUAUACAAGAAAAUGAUCCGAAUCAGCAUUCAAAUGCYCACCUUGGUCAUUUCUACCGUCUACCAGAGAGUGAUGUCAGUAAUACUUUAUUGCACUGUUUACCAAAAAGAUUCUUUAAAAGAUCAGGUUCUGAGAAAGGUAAUCUCUAUCUGAUGGUCAGAAAGCCAGCUUUACAAGUCAUAGAGCAACUGAAGGGAUGGACACCAGGGGAACCUCAACCAAAAUUUGUGUUUUAUGGUGAACCAGGUUGUGGCAAAACUCUGUCUCUCUCUCAAGUGGUUCAUGCUGCAAUGAAAACAGGAAUGUUUAUUUUAUUGGUACCAAGUGUUUUCAGUUGGGUCCAUAGCAAAAAUGGUAUUCAAUUAUCAAAAUCAAGRGAAAACCGGUUUGACCAGCCAGAGGAAUCUGCCAAAUGGCUCAAGACCAUUAGGGAUAUCAAUACAGAUUACUUAAGCAAGAUAACGACCAGUGAGAAGUACACAUGGGGUAAACUAGACAGCACAGGAAAGGGAAAAUCACUACUCAACGUUAUUGACCAGGGUUUGAAACGAAUCGAUUAUGCACCAGAUGUUGUAGGCGUAGUGCUUAAAGAACUCAAAAAAGAAUCCAGUUUGAAAUUCUUAUUUGCAGUGGACGAAUUCAAUGGCUUCUUUGGCAAGACGUCAUUCAAAGAUACAAAAGAUAAAUGGAUAAAGCCCAAAGAGCUGAGCAUUGUCCAUCACUUCACGAAACUCUUAGACGCUGACAAAGGUUUGCAAAAUGCGGUGAUGGUUUUUGCGUUAUCGCGAACUGGAAUCCAAAGAAACCACAGCAAAUCUUAUGAAGUGUCUGAUCUUCUAGGACAGAAGGGYGAAUCUGCUGUUACUCCAUUGACAAGUGUUCGCGUACCAGAAUAUUCAAUGCAUGAACUUGAAAUGUGUUUGAAAUUUUAUCAAGAGAACGGAUUUUCUAAAGAGCUCAACUCAGACGUCAUUAAAGAGAUCGCUAUGUUGACAGGUCGACGAGGACAUGACGUAGAUCUUAUUUGUAGAUCGCGAUGACGUUCACGUGAUUAUGUAAUCUGUUUCUUUCAAUACUCCAUCUUACAGUUCCGUUCAGUGACCAUGAAUGAUAUUUCCAAGCCGAGGUUGGAGUUUGCAUAGUUUUUCUAUCUGGCAUGAUAGCACAUGACGGGCAGUGUUAGCCUGUCAGUAUCGUAGGUUCGUAAUGAGAUUCACUCAGCUGAUUGAUACCAUGCAAUAAAACACUAUUCUAGA